AUGCCUUCUGCCCUCCCGGACGCAGACACCGGAGCUGGGCUCGAGUGCUACCGCGUGCUGAUCGCUGGGGGGAAUACCUCGGCCCAGAUGGUGGAGCUCCCAUCUGAACACGUCUUCUUUCUAGGUACAAAUGAGGACGGGCGCCGCGUGGCCCAGGCGGCCGCCCGCACCCUGACCCCCGUCACCCUGGUCCUGGGGGGGGGGAACCCGUGCUACGUGGACCGGCAGUGUGACCUGGGCGUCGCCGCGCGCCGCAUCGCCCGCUUCCACAACGCCGGCCAGAGCCUGGUCGCCCCCGACUGCGUGCUCUGCCACGCGGCCGGCAGGGAGGGGCUCCUGCGGGCGCUGAACGCUUUGAGCGGCCACUGGUCAGAAAAGCGCGCUCCGACCAUCCUGACGGACGCGGUGGAGGCGGACGCUGUCACGCAGCAGGGCGCCAGCGGCCCGCUGCUCCCCGUCCUCAGCGUGGCGGGCGUGGACGAGGCCGUGGCCUUCAUUGAGCGGCGGGAGAAGCCUCUGUGCGUGUACGUCUAUCUCCAUGACAACCAGGUGAUCGCCCGGCUCACGCCCGAGACGUCGAGCGGCGCGUUCUACGCCAACGACGUUCACGCGGUGCAGAGCGUGAGGAUGGGGCUGCGCUGCGGCGGCGUGGGAGCGAGCGGGAGGGGCUCCUACCACGGGCGCAGCAGCUUCGACGCCUUCUCCCACCGGAGGUCCUGCCUGCUGCGGGGCACACUCACCUACCUGCGCUACCCCCCCUACGAGGAACGCAACCUGACCCUGGUGGCCUGGGCCAGCGCCCCGUCCCAGAGGGGCCAGGGCCCCGUCCCAGAGGGGCCGGCGCCCCGACCCAGAGGGGCCGGCGCCCCGACCCAGAGGGGCCGGGAACCCGUCCCAGAGGGGCCGGCGCCCCGUCCCAGAGGGGCCAGGGCCCCGUCCCAGAGGGGCCGGCGCCCCGUCCCAGAGGGGCCAGGGCCCCGUCCCAGAGGGGCCGGCGCCCCGAACCAGAGGGGCCGGCGCCCCGUCCCAGAGGGGCCGGCGCCCCGUCCCAGAGGCCCCGUCCCAGAGGGGCCAGGGCCCCGUCCCAGAGGGGCCAGCGCCCCGACCCAGAGGGGCCAGGGCCCCGUCCCAGAGGGGCCAGCGCCCCGACCCAGAGGGGCCGGCGCCCCGUCCCAGAGGGGCCGGCGCCCCGUCCCAGAGGCCCCGUCCCAGAGGGGCCGGCGCCCCGUCCCAGAGGCCCCGUCCCAGAGGGGCCAGCGCCCCGACCCAGAGGGGCCAGGGCCCCAUCCCAGAGGCCCCGUCCCAGAGGGGCCAGGCCAGGGCUGGUGCCAGCUCUCGUGA